AAAAGUUAAUGUCGAACGAUUCUGAGAUGUCAUCGCUAUUUCAUUCUUUAACCUGAAAAGAACAAAAUGAAUAAUGCAGGAAUUGGCUUUAUUUUAAAUUUUGCUUGGGAUAUAUUUUUUGAUGACACUGAUAACGAAGAUGAAAAUGUCAAAAUUCCAAGAGUUUAUCAAUAUGCAGAAGAAAUUGUCCCUCGUUUCUCCGAUAGAACAUUUAAAACACACUUCCGAAUAACACCGAAUACGUUUGAAGAAUUGCUCACAAAACUUAAUAGCACUGAAGACAAUAUAAAUGUUGGAUGCAAACCUCUUCCACUUAUAAAACAAUUAAUGAUUACCAUUUGGUAUUUAUCAAAUAUUGAAUCUUUCCGAUCAGUAGCUGAUCGCUUUGAUAUCAGUAAAAGUACUUGUUGGGAUAUACUUUAUAGAACAUGUAAAAGUCUUUUAAAAGUUAAUAUCACAUAUAAAAUUAUAUCAUGGCCAAAUAGAGAACGUGCUAUAACAAUAAUGAAACAAUUUCAACAAAUUAACGGGUUUCCAAGAAUUAUUGGAGCUAUCAACGGAUUGCAUGUCCGUAUAUUAAAACCAAAGAAUCAUCCAAAUUCUUACUGCAACAGAAAAAAUUACCAUUCUGUACUUCUACAAGGAGUCUGCGACAGUGAAAGAUCAUUUCUAGAUGUCUAUGUUGGAGAACCUGGAUCCAUUCACGAUAUCAGAUUAUUUAAGAAGUCUGAUUUAUAUGCAAAAAUAAAAAAUUCAUCAAUUGAUUUUCCUAAUGAUAGUCACCUAGUGGGAGAUUUGGUCUAUCAGUUAUCUCCAUAUCUUCUAGUAGGUUUCAAAGAUGUUGGUGGGUUAACUAACCGAGAAAAAAAUUUUAAUAAAAAAUUAUCACAAUGUCGUGUGAGAAUAGAGAAUGCUUUUGCAUAUUUAAAAGGACGAUUCAGACGCUUAAAGUAUCUUGAAACAGUUAGAUUAGAUUUAAUUUGUCUAUUGAUAGUAUCCGCAUGUAUUAUGCACAACAUCAGUAUUUUAAAUGGAGAUUUACCUGAGGAACUUGUAGACAAUAUGGAGGUAAGGGAUAUAAGAGACUAUGAAUUUAUUGCAAACAUAAAUGAAGAAGAAGGAAAUAAUGCAGGCAUAUUGAAAAGAAGAGAAAUUAUGAAUAUUCUUCCAAUAGAAAUAUGGGAAAUAUGGAAUGAAUAA